AUGGACGAUGCUUCAAAUUCAACCGCUAUUCCAAAAAAGAAGCUUCAUACUUAUUUAGAAGAAUUAUUCAAGAAAAAGAGUUCUGUCAGAGAAAACGCACUAAGGAUAUUGGUUAAGCAAUUUCAGACCAAUGUCCAUUACGAAUUUGUUGAAAAUAAUUUUGUCACUUUGAUACAUCGAUGCCAAAAUUGCUUGAAACGGGGUUCAGCAUUGGAGAUUGAUUUAGCAUUACAACUAAUAGGAUUUGUUGUUUUGACUCUUGGUGCCGGUGAUAAUGCACAUGAGGUGUAUGAAGAAUUGCUUAUGUUAGUUCCUGAACUCCUCAUCAAGUCCAAAUUAUCUCACGCGAUCAAGGUGUUCGAGUGUUUGUCUAUUGUCACUUCUGUUGGUGCCACAGACUUUGUAGACACCGAAAGAUCAAUGGAAAUUAUAUGGCAAUUCUUGAAUCAAGAAACCAAACAUCCAUCCUCUGUGGCGGCUGCAGCAAUAUCAGGUUGGGUUCUCCUUCUUUCAGGCAUCGAUCGAUGGAACUCUUGA